AUGGCUGACAUCUAUGAGAUUGAAGAGAUAGAUGGUGUCCGAUUCAACUGGAAUUCUUUCCCAGUGACCAAAAUUGAGUCCGAAAAUAUUUCCAUGCCUCUUGGUUGUCUGUACACUCCAUUGAACGAAAGAGAUUAUCUACCAGUUGCUCAGUACGAUCCCGUUUUGUGUCGGCAAUGUCAUGCAGCUUUGAACCCUUACGCCAUGAUAGAUCUUACCGCAAAAGUGUGGUCUUGUCCAGUCUGUUCAUCCAGAAACACUCUUCCGAUCAAUUAUACUGAAAUUUCUACAGAGAACUUGCCUUUGGAGUUGAACCCCCAGUCUUCUACUAUUGAGUAUAUUCUUUCAAGGGCGCAACCACACCCUCCUCCUGCCUAUAUAUACGUUGUUGACUUAUGCCAGGAACAGAGUGAGCUAGACUCCAUGAAGGAAACUUUGAUUGCAUCGCUGCCGUUGCACCCUCCAGGAGCCCUAAUUGGACUGGUAACUUUCGACUCAGUCGUCAACGUCCACGAUCUUAGUACACGAACUUGUUUGAAGAAGUACGUGUUCAACGGAACCAAAGAGUACACCUCCAUUGAAAUCCAAAGGCAGUUGGGAAUUGAAAAAUCCGGUACCAUUCCUUGGGCCAAACAGUUGCAAAACCCUGGAUAUAACGCUGUGACUAGGUUCUUCUUACCAGUCGCUGAAAAAGAUGCUGAGUUCCAAAUAAUAAGAGCCAUUGAGCGCUUGGAAGUAUCCAAGUGGACCUAUCCACAGGGCCAAAGACCAACUAGAGUAACUGGUGCUGCUCUGUCGGUAGCCACUUCAUUGGCCGAAGGUUCAUACGCCGAUUGUGCUUGUAAGAUUACUCUCUUUAGUGCAGGCCCUUGUACUUUAGGGCCAGGAACCAUUGUUGGACCAGAAUUGAAGGAACCCAUUAGAUCUCAUAAUGAUAUGGAUAAGGGAACUGCCUCGCAUUAUAAGAAAUCUUAUCAAUUCUACAAUAGACUAGCUGUGAAAGGAAGUAACAACAGAAAGGAUUUGAAAGACAAGUUUGCUGACCCCUCUUCUUCUACCACUUACUCUGUGGAUAUAUUUGCAGGUUGUUACGAUCAAGUUGGAAUUUACGAAAUGAGAAGUUUAGCCAACCUUACAGGCGGUGUUCUCGUAGUGACCGACUCCUUCCAAACAUCCAUUCUUAAAAACUCCUUUUUUGCAUGCUUCAACAAGGAUGAGGAAGGCUAUCCAAUGACCUACUCUGACGGUAUAUUAGAUGUUCUCACAUCUAACCGAUUAAAAGUUUCUGGGGUGAUUGGACAUGCUGUUUCAAUGAAGCAAAACGGAAACAACAUAUCUGACACUCCAAUUGGCGAAGGUCUUACAAACAAAUGGAGAUUAUGUUCUCUGACUCCAAAGAACACCUAUGCAAUCUUUUUUGAUAUGAUGACUGUAGGUACCUCAGAUCAGCGUUCUUCUUCUGUAAACGAGGUAUGCAUUCAGUUUACGACUACAUAUAGACACACAAACGGUCAAAUGCGUACUCGUGUUACCACUCUGAAGCGAGGUACCUCUAACACUGUCCCAUUGGCUAAUUCCUUUGAUCAGGAGGCUGCAGCUGUCCUGUACGCAAGAUUGAUUGUGAACAAGAUUGAAAAUGGGAAUGAGUACUCGGACUUAUUGCGCUGGAUUGACAAGUCAUUGGUCAAACUCUGUACUGUGUUUGGAGACUACAGCAAAAAUGAUGCUGGAACUUUCAGAUUGUCCACCAAGUUUUCGUUGCUCCCACAGUUUAUAUACCACUUGAGAAGAUCUCAAUUCUUGCAGGUUUUCAACUGUUCGCCGGAUGAAACUGCAUUCUAUCAUCACACCAUUUUACGAACCGAUAUUCGUGAUUCUUUGGUUAUGAUCCAACCUACAUUGACCCAGUUUUCUGCAGACGGAUCUGAGCCUGUCCCGGUUCUUUUAGAUUCUGCUUCGUUGAAACAGGACUGUGUCUUGUUACUCGAUGCUUUCUUCUUCAUUGUCAUAUAUUAUGGUAGCGUUGCAGCAGCAUGGAGAGAUGCCAACUAUCCAAGAGAAGAGUUCCCAGGUGUCUAUGCGAUGAUAGAAAAGGCCCAGGAAGAAGCCGCCUCUCUAAUCAGUGACAGAUUUCCUCUACCGAAGUAUGUCACCACAGACGAGGGUAAAUCUCAAGCGAGAUUCCUGUACUCCAAGCUUAAUCCUUCGGAGAACGACACCGAGACCACCGGAUCGGCUUUGGCAGGAUACACGGCCUCUGCUCACGAAGCAAUUGUCCAAUCUGACGAUGUGUCGUUGAACACAUUCUUUACUCAUCUCUCUAGAUUAGUGGUUCAGAAUAGUAGUUAA